AGACGCAGGGCAAAUGGGACUUCAGCAUCCUUCCAAAAAUGACAAAGAAAGCUCAUGUGCAGACUGUCCUCCCACUAUUUACAUCUCCUUUCACUACUUUCCCACAAAUCUUUCUAUAUUCCUCGUGCUAAAAAAAGUCUUGUGAGAGAAAUAUUAAAAUAAAACAUUAACUUUUGAUUUCAUAGAGAGAGACCAUAACAAAAGUAGAAAAUUUAUAGAGAGAUGAAAAAAAAAAAGGAAAAGGUUGAGAGAGAAAGUGUGAAGAAAGAGAAAGUGAGUUAAUGGCAAUGGGUAGUUUAAUUUGGAUUUUUGUGAAAAAGAAAGAAGAACCACUUCUUCAAAGUUAAGUCCUCGUUCAGCUCUCUCUUUCUCCAAUACUGUUUUUGGUUUUGCACUUGGUUUAUGGUGUGGUUAAUGGUGCUUCAGCUCUAACCAACCGGCACUGUACGAAGGGUGCGCAGGAUCACAAAGCGUUAAACCAUAGAGACGAGAAAAAGCUCUGGUUUUAGCAACAGAAGAGAAAAGAAGAAAUGGGGGAUUUUAGCGGAGGGAGAACAAGAAGGGGAGUACUGCUAGUGGUUUUUUGGAUGCUGGGUUUGAUCUCGCUAUCUUGCGCGGCUAGGCUAAGUGUGUCGAAGCAGAAGCUUCAAGUGCAAAAGCACUUGAACCGAUUGAACAAGGCUGCUGUUAAAAGCAUUAAGAGCCCGGAUGGGGAUAUUGUAGAUUGUGUUCACAUCUCUCACCAGCCAGCUUUUGAUCAUCCUUUUCUCAAAGACCACAAAAUUCAGAUGCGGCCUAAUUACCACCCUGAGGGUCUUUUUGACGAUAACAAGGUCUCUGACACUGAGAAACCCAAACAACGCUCAAACCCCCUCACUCAGUUGUGGCACAUGAAUGGUAAAUGCCCCCAAGGAACCAUACCCAUCAGAAGAAUCAAGGAAGAAGAUGUUUUGAGGGCAAGCUCCGUCAAAAGAUAUGGUAGGAAAAAGCAUAGGGCCAUCCCACAGCCCAUCCCACAGCCCAGGUCUGCAGAUCCUGAUCUUAUGAAUGAAAGUGGUCAUCAGCAUGCAAUAGCAUAUGUGGAAGGGGAUAAGUAUUAUGGAGCGAAAGCAACCAUAAACGUAUGGGAACCCAAAAUACAACAGCCUAAUGAGUUUAGCUUGUCGCAGCUAUGGAUUCUUGGAGGUUCUUUUGGGGAAGAUCUUAAUAGCAUUGAAGCUGGUUGGCAGGUUAGCCCAGAUCUAUAUGGUGACAACAAUACAAGACUUUUUACCUACUGGACUAGCGAUGCAUAUCAAGCUACAGGAUGCUACAAUCUCCUCUGCUCAGGCUUCAUUCAAAUUGACAGUGAAAUAGCAAUGGGAGCAAGCAUUUCUCCUGUUUCUGCCUAUAGGAAUCCCCAAUAUGAUAUCAGCAUGCUUGUAUGGAAGGAUCCUAAGGAAGGGCAUUGGUGGCUUCAGUUUGGUAACGACUACGUGUUGGGUUAUUGGCCUUCGUUCUUGUUCUCCUACUUGGCGGACAGUGCUUCCAUGAUAGAGUGGGGAGGUGAGGUUGUGAAUUCAGAACCAGAUGGUCAUCACACUUCCACUCAAAUGGGCAGCGGCCAUUUUCCUGAAGAAGGUUUUGCAAAAUCAAGUUAUUUCAGGAAUAUACAGGUUGUGGAUGACUCCAAUAAUCUGAAGGCUCCCAAAGGGCUUGGCACCUUCACGGAACAAUCAAACUGCUACGACGUGCAAACAGGUAGUAACGGGGAUUGGGGCCAUUACUUUUAUUACGGGGGCCCUGGUAAGAACCCCAAUUGUCCUUGAGGGAAAAUGACAUUUUUCCCCUUGUUUACGUGUUUCAUUCAAACCAAGUCUUCUAUAUACCUCGUUUGGUUCGGUUAGUAACAUGUGAUCUCUCUAGUGGGAAGUUUUGACUCCUUCGGGUUUUGCUUGAAAAGAUAACCCCAUGUAAGUGGUUGGGAAUUUGGCCAAAGUUUCCGAAAAUCCGAAAGAAACAGGCCUUUGUAACUCUCUCUGUGCAUUCUGUUUGUUUGUAUCCUCCUUUCUUCGAGUAGCUUGUUAAUGAAGUACUUCCUAAUCUUGCUCUAGCAACAAAUUGACAAAUUAUACUUAAAAU